AUGUUGGAAGGGGCCUUGUCCUACGUUUGGGGCCAGUUGAAGGCUGCCAAACCAGCCUUUUUGUCCAAAAAGCCCCAUUUCAGUUUUAUCACUGUUCAUUACUUUUGGAUCAUUGGGGCAACACUAGUCGGUUCGGUUGCCAUAUUUAUCGGAGGCAAGGGUGAACUAGCCUAUAUUGAUGCAUUGAUGUUCGCCAGUGGCGCCAAUACCCAGGCUGGGCUCAACCCUGUCGACGUGAACCUGCUCAAUGGAUUCCAGCAAGCUAUGAUCUAUCUAUUUUCUAUGACGUCAAAUCCAAUCACUAUGCAUGGCUGCGUGGUAUUCUUGCGGUUAUAUUGGUUUGAGAAACGUUUCAGAAGCUGGGUGCGAGAAAUUCGAUCUCGACGUCGCACGCUGACCAAAUCAAAGUCAAAAGCUCGGAACGAUAUGCACCUCGCUGAGCAAGGCGUCAAUGGCCGGGAUAUUACACUUAUGCCCCCAAAUGGCCGAAAGCAGAGAAUCACCAAUGAUGGUAUUUUGCUGGACGAUGACCAUGAUGAGCAACACAAGGCCGCAGGCGCCAACAAGAGUGAUGAGAGUGACACGACAACUGUGACAGAUGAUCCACCACAACCAGUUGAGCUCAAUCCCACGGAGAAGCCGCAACAUCAAGGUCAAGCCCCUGGCGAAAAUCGCAGGCCCAGCUUCCAAGCUCAUACUGCCAUUACCUUCGCAGAUACUCUGAAGAGAAGUGAUGGGUUGGGUGAUGAGGACACAAAAUUUCCCUCAAGACGAACAAAUGCGGAGCACAUUGCAAUUCUAGAGAGACAGCGCAACCAGGACGAUGAUGAAGUUCUCCGUAUCCCUGGUCCGCGAGAUGCAGAACGUGGCUUAGGGCCUAGGCGACUGGAAGCAAACGAAAUGGACGACGAUGAACACCGGCUUGGUCGUUCGCCGACAGCAGAUACCUUUCCAAGAGGGGUGCCUCAAUCUGGUCCCAUACGCGAGCGACAGUCAACCAUUAUCAUUGCCGAACCAGAGAAGCAUCAUCGCCGGGAAGAUAUCGAAGAAGAUGUGAAAGCUAUUGGUGGCACAAUGGAGGCCUUGCGGCUUCGGAAGCCUCGCAUCUUCAAUCGCUCACAAAACAAGUAUCAUGAGGAUGAAGAAGAUCCACGACCGACAAGAGCUGUCCGAACCCGCACGAUGGACACUAUUCGCUCUGUCUUAUCUAGCUCCAAAACUGAGGACAUGCCGUAUCUCUCUUAUACGCCGACUAUGGGUCGAAACUCUAAUUUUGUCGGUCUGACACUAGAGCAGCGUGAGGAACUUGGUGGCAUCGAAUAUCGGUCACUGAGGACAUUGGCAAUUGUUCUUUUGGCCUACUUUUGGGGAUUCCACCUUGUAAUCCUAGCCUGUCUAUUACCUUUUAUCCUUCACAAUGACCACUACGGGGAAAUUGUAGUGGCGGAUGGUGUGUCGAGGACCUGGUGGGGAUUCUUCACUUCCAAUGUCGCCUUCAUGGACGUCGGCUUUACUCUCACCCCGGACAGCAUGAUAUCUUUCAACACUUCCGCCUUUUGUCUCAUGAUUAUGUGGUUCUUCAUCAUUAUUGGAAACACGGGUUUUCCGGUCAUGCUGCGCUUCAUUAUUUGGGUUUCCGCCAAGCUUGCUCCCGUUGGGUCAGGAAUAUGGGAGGAGCUUCGAUUUUUGCUUGAUCACCCUCGUCGAUGCUUUACGCUGCUGUUUCCAUCUGGCCCGAAUUGGUGGCUGUUCUGGAUCCUCGUAGUGUUGAACGCGGUCGACUUGCUAUUCUUCAUGGUUCUUGAUCUCGGCGGUGAGCCUAUUGCCAAACUAAGCGUCAGCAAUCGAGUCGUUAUCGGAUUUUUCCAGGCUGCAUCUACAAGAACUGCAGGGUUUUCCGCCGUCGCCAUGUCAGAAGUUCACCCGGCCAUACCGGUGCUCUACUUGAUCAUGAUGUACAUUUCCGUCUUCCCCAUCGCCAUCUCUAUUCGCCGCACCAACGUCUAUGAGGAAAAGUCUCUUGGCAUGUACCAGCCGCACAAUGUCGAAGACGACCAGGACGCCAGCGCCUUGUCUUAUGUCGGAACCCAUUUACGACGUCAGCUGUCCUUUGAUUUGUGGUACGUCUUUUUAGGAUUCUUCAUCAUCACUAUUAGUGAGGGACCGAAGAUUGUGGCCAGGAGAUUCACCCUGUUUGAUAUCCUAUUCGAGGUUGUGAGUGCAUAUGGCACCGUAGGGUUGAGUAUGGGCGCUGCUGGCGUCAACGCAUCUCUCUGCUCACAGUUUUCCGUUGUUGGCAAACUGGUUAUCGUGGCUAUGGAGAUCCGUGGCCGUCACCGUGGCUUGCCAUAUGGUCUUGACAGAGCUAUCCUUUUGCCCAGCGAAUCGAGGUUCAGGAAGGAAGCAGAAGAGCAAGAAGCUGCUUUGGCAAGAACGAAUACUGCUCUAACCCACGCCACCGCAUCUGGUAUUCAGCGUCAAGAUACCAAUUUGACCCGAACCCGUAGCAAGAGUCGGGAACGUGGCCGAGCCAACAGCAACAUUGUCGCACAACUUCUUCAUCCCGGACCUGUUGUGCAACGAGGUCCGUCACACCAGCGCGUGAGCUCUACAGACUCACAGGGUCCUCCCCUUGGCCCGCAGAGAACAUUCUCUGAACCCAAUCGAGAGGACGAAAUGGAUGAAUUGGCACCAUUGCCAAGCACGGGGUCAAGACCGCGCAACCGCCGGGCGGAUACCACUCCCGUGUUCUAG